CAAAGCCAAGAAAAGAUUAUAACCAGAACCCUGAUACUGUCAAAUGCAAUGAAAUAGUACCCUGUUUGCGAGAACAAACCCGCUUGGCUAACACUGAUAAAAGCGGUUUGUGAAAGGACCUGAGAAAGACCUCAUGCGGAACACUUCACAGGCUCACCAAGACAGGCUUCAGUCCAGUUUUCCGAGUGAUAAUUCCGGGAAACCUCAUGAAGAUCCCAUCACGGGGGCGGCAGCUGGCGAGUGCGAGGCGAUGUGAGUCUGCAGUGCCUCUGCUGCAGUAAAGUUCUCCAGGCUGCGAGAGGAAAGAAGGUCAGACUUUUCUGGCUGUGCGAGGGGGAAGGAGAAGUGGCAGAGGUUUCGUGAUGAACACAUUGCUCCCUACCACGGAAAGAGCCAGCCCUGCUUGCUGGAGCCAGCUCGGUGGGACAGCAUAUAACAGGAGUUGGCAUCCCAGGCUGCUGGGGCAUGAGGACAAUCACUACAACUGGACUGACUGUGAAGCCCAUCACUUGAGCAAAGUCCCUGUCACGCUGCUCAUCUGCCUCUGCGGGCUGGUGGGGAAUGGGGCCGUCCUCUGGUCCCUCGGCUCCCGCAUCCACAGGAACCCCAUCACCGUCUACAUCCUCAACCUGGCCGUCGCCAACUUCACUUUCCUCCUCUCCAUCGCCGUGACCCUCGUGAUAUUUUACGGCCCAGAAAGCCUUUGUCAGGGGCUGAGCUUGCAGGACGUGACAACUGUGUUGAAUAUCACCAUCCUCUUCACUUUCACCGCCAGCGUCUAUCUCCUGACAGCCCUCAGUGCCACGACGUCUCUGUCCGUCCUCCCCCUGGCCCGCUGCCCCUGCCACCGCUUGCCAGUGCUCGCCUGCGCCCUGCUCUGGGCCCUCGCGUUCCUGCUCACCGUGACCCUCUCCUUCUGCCCCGCGGUGCUCACUGCCUUCAUCCUGAGCUACGUCUUAUCGGUGCUUACCCUGAUUUUUUCUGGUCUAACCCUGCUUGCCAGGGUCUUGUGCUGUUCACAGCAACAUCCUCCAAGGAAGCUCUGUGUUGUGGUCCUGCUAGCUGUCUUCUUCUUCCCUUUCUUCACUGCAGAUUUUGGUUACUGGCUCUUGCUAAGACUGUUUGAUUUUUCUGUUUUUGUCUUUGACGCCUCUCUCCUGUUUGCUUGUGUGAACAGCAGUAUCAACCCCGUUAUUUACUUCUUUGUUGGGAGCUGUGCAAAGAAGUUCACACCCUCUGUUAGGGUUGCUUUCCAAAGGGCUUUCGAAGACGUAACAGAGCCCCAAAAUAGAGGUGAACCUCCCAGAGAAAACACAGUGGAAACAGCUGUUUAAACCUCUGCAGCCCCUCCCUGAGAGAAGAUGCUCUAGGGACGGAGGUGUCCCGUGAGCCAGGGUGAGCCAAGGAAGAUGGUUUCGGUGCGGGUCUGGCUGCAGCUGAACGGAAUUAGCUAAUUAGCUGCGGCACAACAAAACGUGCUGGGUGGCAUGGGAACUCCUGCCUGGGGUGGACGCUGGACAGUGUGAUGAAAUACCCAUUGAAACCUUUUGCUUUGAAACCUUUGCUUUGAAUCUGUCCUAUUCAACAGGUCUGAGCUUUCACUGUCUCAAAAGUGAGCUUGCUUUACCCUGUGCACUAUUAAAACAGAGCCGCGGAGGUUCUUAGCUCCUGCCAGUGGGUUUUUUUGGUGUAUCUGCUCGAGAGCAGAGUGCCGGUUGAUAAGAAAGCUUGGCACAGCAGGGCAGAACAAUUCCUGGGCAAACCCUUGCGUGUGCAUCUCCAGCGGGUACCGACACGUGUGAAGAAUAUGUGGAGACUUCACAUUCAGCUUUGUUACCAGGCAAGUAGGCAUGUAUUUGGGAUCACGCCUGGAAGGCUUUCCCCAAAAUGCAUUGCUUCUGCUGCAAACUGAGUUUUAUCCGCCCAUCAUGUGGGUCGUCUGCACACAAGGGUUUUUGACUGGAACUGCCUCUUGUGGUUCCUCCCACUUUUCUGGGGGCUGUCUGGAUGGUUAGCUUGAGCAAAUACCAUUUCGCAACCCUGAGCUGAGGUCUGUAUCCAUUUCUGGUGUGGCUGCUCCUCAUCUAGAAAAACAAGAAGAGUAUGGUUAAAAUGAAACAACCCAAAAAGCACAGCCCUGCCUGAAGACUCUGUAAAGACUGGAUUUUCCAUGUGGAUGAGGAUACAGGCAGAGAGAAGAAAACAGUGGACUUUUUAUGGAAAAGACCCUGGUGAGGCCAUGAGGACUGAAUCCCUGUAGCCUGGCUCAGGCACUCCCUGGGUCACAGGGGUAGUGGCAGCACUUUCUCCCCUUCUCUCUUCCCUCCAUGUCUGUCAGCCCUUGCUAUCAAGGAGCUGGGGGAUACACCAGCUCUCAUUUUCCUGUGAACUAAGCCACCAACCAACCAUUGCUUUUGAGCUGGUUUUGUUCCCUGGUGCGACUCGCCACAAGGCUGCACUAACUUUAGUACGAGCACAAGGGAAAAGUUGGGAAGAUGCAGCUGGCAGGGAGGGGUGGAGGGACAACAGGCAGCAGCAGGAUAGACCGAAACAGUAACCCCAGGAACUACGGAUGCCAUGGCCUGUAGGACCUAGUAGGGCGACAGAAGUUUCUCUGCCCUUUGGCUUGUCCCUCAGCCCAGAGCUACAUGUCACCAAACAGGCUGGAAUGAAAAUCGAUCACUUGGUGCAGAACAGGUACAGAGCCAUGAUAACCAAACUCAUAGAACUCUCUGGUAAAAACAAGAAGCUCAGAUAGGUGGUGGUCUGGGUGACACUGCAGGCAAGGGAGAUCCUGGGAAGCAGGAAAAGCACACGGGAGGAUCGUGGUCCUUCUGCACCUGCCUUGAGAGACUCUCCCUGGAUGAUGGGAGCUCUUUCCUGGACAACAGGUUGUAGCUCAGAAAGUUUUUACUUUCCAAAGGACAGGAAAAUGGGAGAGACAAAAAGAGCCGCUCUCAACUGUGGAAGACUCCUGCCCCGUUCUGUAAAACUACUCUGUUAAUAAAGGCUUCUUAGAUGUUUAACCUCA